UUUGGCCUCAGCACUCAGAUCAGUCUUCCCAGCAACUCGGACAACAUCCAGUCGACCCGCAGUGAGGCCUCCUACAUGACUGUGACCCCCUACUCCGUUCAUCUGGGUGGCGAGACACAGCAACAACUGCCAAAGCCACACCAGCAAAGGCAACCGCAGCAAAGGUCCGAAUUGGAGCUCUCCGAAGGCCUCUGUCGGACGCAGUGUGGCUCGCCGGCGUACGCCGCGCCAGAAGUGCUCAGCCGACAGCCAUACGGCCUUCAGGCGGACGUCUGGAGCGUGUAUGUGAUCGCUUCGGCUGCCAAUUUGUCACCACGGCAGCCCAGGAAGCCAAGCUAA